CUGUCCACGGUCCUCGCCCAAACGGGCAAAUUCAACACCAAUCUUACCUACGACCAGAUCUACGACAACGGCGACGAGUCCACGCAGGCGAUCGCAUGCUCCAACGGCGCGAACGGCGUCAUCGACAAGGAAGGUGCCCUCACGCUCUCCGAGAUUAUCGGCUGGCCCAACAUCGCUGGGGCGCCCGCGAUCAAGCACUGGAACUCCCCCAAUUGUAGCACGUGCUGGGAGCUCACCUACAACGACGCCAUUCUCCACGUCUUCGCGAUCGACACCGCGACGGACGGGUUCAACGUCGGGCUGAACGUCAUGAACAACCUCACCAACGGCAGCGCCGUGGACCUGGGGCGGGUCGCUAUCACGGCAGUGCAGGUGCUUGCCGCGGCAUGU